AUGAAUGUUGCAGGCAAUAACCAGCCGAAGAAAUCCAAUCUUUUUAGUCCAAGGCAGUCGCCGGUGGCCAAUUCCCCUCAGAAGCAGGGAAAGGCCACUGCCAGGCGUGGAUUCUGUCAGGGUCUCAAGGACUGCAUGAGCAUGGGGCCUGCUAUUUCCACAAGCCAGAAUCAGUCCCAUUCUACUUCUAAAUUAGAGCGGCAGGUGGCAGACCUCGAAAGAGAAGUGCUGAAGCAGAGGGAGCUCCGGAUCAUGUACAGGAAGAGGAUGGAGAGAACACAUGACUACCUAAAAUACUGUCUUCAAGUAGCCCAAGACAAUGGCUUCUUGAAUCUCAUAAUUAAGAACAAAGAUGAUAAUGAUCGACAAGAUUGCUCCUUUCCUUCUACCAUGGAUAACACCAAUACUAGUCCUCAAUUGUCCUCUUCACUGCAGCAACAUUACGACCUUGCAGCUCUCAUUUGCCAAGCCAAGAUGAAUGGAUGGUACAUUGAUCACCGCGAGAUUGAACUGCAAGAGAAAAUAGGCCAAGGAAGCACAGCAGAAAUUUACAAAACGGUUUGGCGAGGGCUUGAUGUUGCAGUGAAGUGCAUAUUUCCUAAUUUCUUCGAGACAAAUGAAAGUGGUGAAUCCUUUUUUGCUCAAGAACUCGACACUUUAUCUAGGCAACGCCAUCGUUUCGUGCUGCAACUGAUGGGUGCAUGCCUUGAUCCUCCUGAUCAUGCAUGGGUUGUCACAGAAUUCUUGGACAUGACAUUGAAAGAGUGGCUCCAUGGGCCAGGUAACAGCAGGCUAAAAGAGAGGUUGGUUCCCCUUCCCCCAUUUGAAGAGAGGAUUGCCAAAGCAUUAGAGAUUGCCCAAGCAAUGCAAUACCUUCAUGAACAAAAACCAAAACUCAUUCAUCGAGACCUCAAGCCAAGCAAUAUCUUUUUGGAUGAUGCUAAUCACGUAAGGGUGGCAGAUUUUGGUCAUGCUAGGUUCUUGAGCGAUGAAGAAAUGGCACUUACUGGUGAAACUGGUAAGGAUAUUAAUUUAUUAAUUGUACAUUUACGAACAUUUGUUUACAUGGCACCAGAGGUGAUUCGAUGUGAACCUUAUAAUGAAAAAUGCGACGUCUACAGUUUUGGUAUUAUACUUAACGAGAUUAUGACAGGCAAUCAUCCUUACAUUGAAACAGAUUUUGGUCCCAGCAAGAUUGCCAUGGAAGUUGCAGAAGGUCAUCUGAGGCCAACGCUUCCAGAGGACAAUGGGCAACUUGGAGAAAUCAUCAAUCUCAUUUGCCUUUCAUGGGAUCAAGAUGCUUCUGUUAGACCAUCUUUUGCAACAAUCACUUCUACUCUCAAAAAAAUUCACCGGAGAAUCAUAGAGAGCAAUGAGAUUGAUUAUUGCAUUUAA